GCUCGGGCUCGGGCACUUCGGGCUGGAGCUGCAGAGCCUGUCGCCGGCCAGCAGGGCGAGGCCGGCCCCGAUCCCGCCGCGACCCCCGCCCCCCGCGCCUGCGCCCCCGGCCGGUCUCCGGCUGCGCCCGGACGCCUCGGCGCGCCCAGCACGGCUCGCAGCCCCGGCCCGCGGCGUGCGUGUGUUUGAACUUCCUCGUCGCCACCGUCCCUGCCCCCCACCUCCGCCCCCGCCGCGCCCCCCUCCCCAGCUUCUGGACGCGCAGGACCGCAGCCGGGGUGGGGGGUGGGGAAGGAGCGUGCGUGGAGGGGAGGGGGGAGCGGUUAGAAAAAGAAAGAAGGGAAGAAAAAAAGAAGACGAAGAAGGAAAGAAAGAUCGCGCGCAGCAGGAGCAGAGGGAGCCACGGGAAGCCAGCCGCCGCCUGGGCACCCGCGGCCGGCGCGCAGCCAUGGCGGGCCUCCCCGGCGCGGUCCCCAGGAUGAUGCGGCCGGCUCCGGGGCAGAACUACCCGCGCACCGGCUUCCCGCUGGAAGUGUCCACCCCACUGGGCCAAGGCCGGGUCAAUCAGCUUGGCGGGGUCUUCAUCAAUGGGCGACCCCUGCCUAACCACAUCCGCCAUAAGAUAGUGGAGAUGGCCCACCAUGGCAUCCGGCCCUGCGUCAUCUCCCGCCAGCUGCGUGUCUCCCACGGCUGCGUCUCCAAGAUUCUCUGCCGCUACCAGGAGACCGGCUCCAUCAGGCCUGGAGCCAUCGGAGGCAGCAAGCCCAGACAGGUGGCCACUCCGGAUGUGGAGAAAAAGAUUGAGGAAUACAAAAGGGAGAACCCGGGCAUGUUCAGCUGGGAGAUCCGGGACCGGCUGCUGAAGGACGGCCACUGCGACCGCAGCACGGUGCCCUCAGGUUUAGUGAGUUCGAUUAGCCGAGUGCUCAGAAUCAAGUUCGGGAAAAAGGAGGAGGACGACGAAGUGGACAAGAAGGAGGAGGAUGGAGAGAAGAAGGCCAAACACAGCAUCGACGGCAUCCUGGGCGACAAAGGGAACCGACUGGACGAGGGCUCAGAUGUGGAGUCGGAACCCGACCUCCCGCUGAAGCGAAAGCAGCGCCGCAGCCGGACCACGUUCACAGCCGAGCAGCUGGAGGAGCUGGAGAAGGCCUUUGAGAGGACCCAUUACCCGGACAUCUACACCCGCGAGGAGCUGGCGCAGAGGACCAAGCUGACCGAGGCGCGCGUCCAGGUCUGGUUCAGUAACCGCCGCGCCCGUUGGCGCAAGCAGGCAGGAGCCAACCAACUGGCAGCAUUCAACCACCUUCUGCCAGGAGGCUUCCCGCCCACUGGCAUGCCCACGCUGCCCCCCUACCAGCUGCCGGACUCCACCUACCCCACCACCACCAUCUCCCAAGAUGGAGGCAGCACUGUGCACCGGCCCCAGCCCCUCCCGCCGUCCACCAUGCAUCAGGGUGGGUUGGCUGCGGCCGCCGCGGCUGCGGACACCAGCUCUGCCUAUGGCGCCCGGCACAGCUUCUCCAGCUACUCUGACAGCUUCAUGAAUCCGGGGGCCCCCUCCAACCACAUGAACCCCGUCAGCAAUGGCCUGUCUCCUCAGGUUAUGAGCAUCCUGAGCAACCCCAGCGCGGUGCCGCCCCAGCCACAGGCCGACUUCUCCAUCUCCCCCCUGCACGGUGGCUUGGAUUCGGCCUCCUCUAUCUCGGCCAGCUGCCAGCGGGCCGACUCCAUCAAAUCAGGAGACAGUCUGCCCACGUCCCAGUCCUACUGUCCACCCACCUACAGCACCACCGGCUACAGCGUGGACCCCGUGGCUGGCUACCAGUACGGCCAGUACGGCCAAACUGCUGUUGAUUACUUGGCCAAAAACGUGAGCCUCUCCACACAGCGUCGCAUGAAGCUCGGGGAGCACUCCACCGUGCUGGGCCUCCUGCCUGUGGAAACUGGCCAGGCCUACUAGGGUGCCUGGGGCGACUUGCCCCAGCCCAAGCCCCAGCCCAACCUUUCCUGACCCUGAGCCUCCCCACCUCAGUCCCCUAAUCCCCCUGGGGUCACAGGAGGCCAGGGAAGGAGCCCAUCGCUUCCCAGUGGCAGCCCUCUGGAGAAGUACAGCCAGUCUGUCACCCACCUGUGAUUAGGGACCCUGCGUGGCCCCCUCAGAGUCUGCCCCCCUCUUCCCCUGGUGGUUCUCAGCCAGCCCGCAGUGCUCCCCACUUACACCUGCCGAAGGCCCAGGGUCGUCUCAGGAGACAGAGGCUCCCCCUGAGCGGAGCACCUCAGUGCCAGAGAACAGGGCUGAGAGGAGCCCCAGGUCCUGGGUGGGUGCUGGCUAGGAGCGUAGGUGAAACUCGGGGCUGCUCUCAGCAAUAGAUGCUGAGAGCCGCCUGCAAGGUGAGCCCCUGGCUGAGCCCUAGAACCCAGCCCUUUGCUCUGCUGGACUCUGGGACUCCAGCAGAGAGGAGACCCUAAGGUCUUCCCAGGGGUGACAGUCACAGCUCCACCCAGGAAUUUGCCAGGCAUGUGGGGGUGGGCUUGUGAGCAGGGUGCUGGCCCAGGGUUCCAGGACUCAGCUCUGGCCUCUCAGAGGGAAGCCCAGCCUUGCCCACCACAUGCAGAGACUGGGGCACCCAGAGACCCUCGUGUCUCCCUCUUAGCUUGGUCAGAUGGGAUGGGAAGGGGCAGUCUUGAGGCUUCAGGAGGAAGAGGCACAAGAUGGGCUCAGAGGGGCCAUUGUGUGCUUGUGGGCGGCCAGCCCGUGAGGCCAGAAGAUCAGCUCUCACUCCUCCAGUCCUCAGCCCUGGGAUUUAGAUUCUGCACAAAGCCUCCAACAGACACCAAGCACCAUGCCCUGGGAAGGGACCGCCGUGUCCCCUCAAGUCCCUUGAUGCUGCUGAUGUGCAGAGAGCUUCCUCCAGAGCUCUGGAGGGGGUUUCUUGGACCCACAGAUAAGACUACUGAGUCCCCUUGGCAUUUCGGUGGGAGCGUGUCCCUGUCCCACCCAGAGUGACAUCUUUGAGUGUCAACUCACUUAGCCGAGAGGCCUCCGUCUCCUGCAUGGGCAUGGCUGAGCUGGGGUACACAUGGCCAGUGUUCAAGCCACCAUCCCUGGACAGAGGAAGAUGUCAAAGAUUCUAGAGAAGACUGGAAAGGCCAUCCAGGAGGUCGAAUUCCCUACCCAGCCACUGGCUUCCUCAAGCGCCACUCUCUUGAGAGCUGGGACUGUUGGGGGACAGUUCGAGCCCCUUAUCCUCCUCCCAUGGAAUGCUUCACCCCCUUCACCUGUUUCUCAUGAUUGUAUUCAUCCCACCAUCACCGUCCCAUCAUCGAUGCUCGGAUCACCUUUACAGGCGCUGCUGGCCACAGGAACUUGUAAGGUCCACAAACAUUGGACCCAGUUGCUUGUCUCCUGCUGAGCUCAGGAGGCCUCCUCUUUGCCUGGUCCCUGCCCCUGGCCCUCAGCCAGCAAGACAUUCCUAGAGGGAAGGGCUCUGCCUUGGGAGCCACUCUAGGUCCUUCCUCUUGGCAAGAUACUCAGAACAUCUCCAAGGAUGUCACCCAUGUGACACAUGCUCAUCUGUUUCCAAUCACAUCAAGCCAAUCUCAGGCCAUGGACAGGCCGGCUUGUGUCCAUCAUUAAGGGAAACCUGUUAAUAACUGGGGACAAAUGCAGACACGGCCCAUCAAGGGCAUCCAAGUGCAAGAGACUGUGGUUUCUUCAGGCUCUGGACAGAAGGCAAGAUCUUGCUCCUUGGAAACUUAGUCCACGCUUUUGUAGCUGUUGCAGCCAAAAGGCAACUCUUCCAGAAAACCAACCACAUCUCCAUCACAUUCCUUGAAGAGUCACUCUUUCCCCUGGAGGCCUGGCUCGGGAUAGCCUGGGAGUCUUUCUUCCCUACGUGAGGGUUAGGAGCAGGGAUCUCAGGCAGGCCAUCCAGGAGGUCGCAUUCCAAAGCCAGGACCAAUCUCAGUGACCUGCCCCACCCCUACUGAUGAAGUGGAGCUAAGAUCUGCUUGGGAACAAAGUAAAUGAUUUCUCACUACAUCUGCCAUCUCAGAAGCUGUUCCAAACCAUCAUCUUGAUACGAAAUGGGAUUAUUUUCUCCGGGGUCCUCAACCUCCAGACUUUUCCCUUAAAAGCUCUUGUAUUCAUGUGUCUGUCCAAACUCAGUCUGUAAAACUCAGCCUUGUGUUAGAAGCUCACAACCUUCCCAGAGAGAUGAUGUUAGCUAACCAGAGGCACAGGCCUCGGUCUCUUUGGGGUUUGUCGGCAGCCUUCCCCAAGCCCUGUAAAUAGAGUUCAUAGCAUCAUAAGAGAUUUCUUCAACUUACCCUAAGUAGCUACUGGUCCUUCCAGCGGGGGCCCCCUCUUUUGAGCUCAUUGUAUAUUAGUUGGAGAUGUGGUGAUGUGCUUUUUGUUUAUAGGAAGUUGACUUUUUAUAUAUAAAUAUAUAUACUAAAAAAGGAAAGAACCCCACAGUGUGUGUCGUGAAAGUGCCAGGGACCAUCUGUAGGGACAUAUCUGCAUAUUGUGUGUUUCAGAUUAUACAUUCCAAGCCCUACUGGAGUCUUUCGAUUUCUGUUGCUUUGUUCUUUCGUUUGGUGUCCCUCUUGCCAUGAAGCAGAAACAGUGCUGUGUAACAACCGAGCUGUGCUCUCCUCCUUUCCUUUUGUACUUGAUUUUGUACUCGCUGUUCGUUUGCCAGAGGAACGUCAAAGAGUAGAGGAAACCAAGGAGAGAAAAGUGAAGGAGGCUUUUCCAGAAGACUUUAAAGAUAAAAGGGUCUGAGUGCCGCCCUGACUGUGGCCGGAGAACAGGACAGACCCUGACCUUGAGGCCUCCGCCAGCGCCCAGUGUUGGCCUGGAUGGAGCUGGUGAGAUGUGGACCCAGGACCUUAGGGAGAAACUCCAUGAUCGCCACCAAAAAAACCUGCUCUGGAUCCUCUCUCAAGCCUGAUGUUCUCACCCAGCUCCUGAAUGUGCGUGUCUCCUUAUUGGAUGUUUUUGGGGUCCACAGGUCUUCUUACCUCCCCUCCUGCAGAAGAACCAAACCAAGACCAAAUGGGCAUAUUCCAGCCACCAUCUUGAAAUGCUUCAAGAUAUCUGUGUGUUGAAUGCUUCUUCUGUCCACUCGGACGUGGCCAAUCCAUCCCCACCCUGCCCCGACCUGGAAAUAUAUUCACAUAGUGUUCUAGAUCAUUCCUUCUUCCGGGUUUGACUCAACAGCCAUCUUCCUGCACCGGAAGUGAGUGUGUGUGUGUGUGUGUGUGUGUGUGUGUGAGGGUGUGAGUGGGGUGUGCACGUGUGGGUGUGUGUUUAAGUAUAAUCAUGCCAUAAUUUAUUCAGCUAUAUGGAGUAGUAGACUAGAAAGAGAAACUGGUAUUUGCUUUAACUACCUGCUGCUUGUAAGCACUGCCUCUGUAACUCAGGCAUAACUGUUACACAUUAAAAGAAAUUAAAAGCA